CCGACUAUUCGUCGGUCUUUCCUGUGUGUCGGCCAUCUUGGUGGCUUUAAACUGUCAACAUGCAGAUCUUUGUCAAGACUUUGACGGGUAAAACCAUCACUUUAGAGGUGGAACCCAGUGAUACUAUUGAAAAUGUCAAAGCAAAAAUUCAAGAUAAAGAAGGAAUUCCACCCGACCAGCAGAGGUUGAUCUUUGCCGGUAAACAACUUGAAGAUGGACGUACGUUAUCUGAUUACAAUAUCCAGAAAGAAUCAACCUUACAUUUAGUACUUCGUCUUCGUGGUGGUGCCAAAAAAAGGAAGAAGAAGACUUUCACAACACCGAAGAAAACUAAGCAUAAGAAGAAGAAGGUUAAGCUGGCUGUAUUGAAAUAUUACAAGGUGGAUGAGAAUGGCAAGAUAACCCGUCUGCGUCGUGAGUGUCCCAAUGAAGAUUGUGGUGCGGGGGUGUUCAUGGCAUCUCACUUUGAUAGACAAUACUGUGGAAAGUGCUGCCUCACGUAUGUUUUCAACAAACCAGAAGAUAAAGCUUAGAUUUGUUGACAAUUUAUACAAAAAUGUAAUUCAACAGAGUCUAUAAACAAGUAAAACUCACUUGUCAAAAAAAAAAAAAAA